AUGUGGAAAAGCUUCCACCUUUGCUUUCCGACAAACCUAACUAAGUGCUCAUCUCCGCCGUGUCUCCCCUCAUCCUCCUCCGCCGCCGCUGAUCUCGACGACCCUAAGCGUCCCUCACUCCUCCUUGACAACUUCAACUUCUUCUACCACUCCUCCUCCUCCUCCGUCGCCGAUGUCCUUUCCACCGCCGCCGCCACCACCUCCUCCUCAUCCUACGAAUCCGAUGAUAAUUACGAAAUUGCCCCUGACUCUCCCCCUCCCGACUUUGCUACUGUCUUCGCCUCCCGCCGCUUCUUCUUCUCCUCCCCUGGCCCCUCCAACGCCAUCAUCGACUCUCCCCGAGAACUCUCGGAUAACUGCGAUAAUGCCACUGCCGCCUCUACGACUGCGAAGAAGAAGAAUUACGAUCCUGCCACUGCCGUGACUACGACGAAGACGACGGCUUCAUCCGUUUCGCGGCUGCUGAGCGGCGGAGUCGCCGUGACGCAACACGUGCAUUCGCGGGAUCCGUACAGAGAUUUCCGGCGGUCGAUGCAGGAGAUGAUAGACGCCAUGGACGGGAGAGAUGCUGACGUGGCGAUGGAAGGGUACGAGUUCUUGCACGAGUUGCUGCUCAGUUACCUCUCCCUGAAUCCGAGGGACACGCACGAGUUCAUCAUCAGGGCCUUCGCCGAUAUUCUCGUCUCGCUCUUGUCGGACUCUCGCCGGAGAUGCUGACGUGGCGUUGGAAGGGUACGUUGUAUCGCCGCACGUGACUGAUACGUGUGUUCUUUUUUCCAAUUUACUGUCAGAUUAACGUUUUAGGGCUUCAAGAAAGAGAUGCAACGGACCCAAGAAGAAGAAUUUACAGACAUUUUCUUUUCCUUUAUUAUUUUCUAAGUCGGGAUAUCGGUGAAAAUAAAAUAAUAUGUUUAAUUUCCAUGCAUCACGACAAAAAAAUCAAUGUAAUUAUUAUGUAAUGAUA